AUGGCUCACCUUUACCUUCUACCUAUCUUUCUUUCCCUUCUUCUCUCAGUCUCCCCCUCCCUCUCCACCAACUCUGAAGGAAAUGCCCUGCAUGCUUUAAGAAGUAAGCUUUCUGAUCCAACCAAUGUGUUGCAGAGUUGGGACCCAACUCUGGUCAAUCCCUGCACCUGGUUCCAUGUCACUUGUGAUUCCAGCAAUCAUGUUUCUCGCUUGGAUUUGGGUAAUUCUAAUAUUUCUGGAACCUUGGGACCAGAGCUUGGAGAACUCAAGCAUCUAAAGUACCUGGAGCUUUAUAGGAAUGAUAUAGGAGGCAAAAUUCCCAAGGAGUUGGGUAAUUUGAAAAACCUUGUUAGCAUGGAUAUGUAUGGCAACAAGUUUGAAGGAGAAAUACCCAAAUCCUUUGCCAAGUUGAAGUCUCUCAGAUUCCUUCGACUAAACAACAACAAGCUAUCAGGAUCUAUUCCAAGGGAGCUCACAGCUCUUAAGGACCUCAAAGUUUUUGAUGUUUCUAACAAUGAUCUCUGUGGAACAAUUCCAGUUGAUGGUCCCUUUGUCUCGUUUCCUUUUGAAAGUUUCAAAAACAACAGGCUUAAUGGACCCGAGCUGAAGGGACUAGUGCCUUAUGAUUUCGGAUGCUGA